AACAAAGCGCAGUUGAACAAAACGCCAGUGAAAAGCGAACGCGCUAAACGAUUAAACGGAAAACGGGGCAACAAAAUAUAAAAAAAUAGAACGAAACCAAAUAAAACAACAAACGAGAAACUACUACUAAAAUUUGAUAUUUAUAGAAAAACUGUUGUGCGAACCGAUUUCGAAAAAAAAAACAAAUUAGAAAUAAAAAUAUAUAAAAAAAAACGAGCACGCAUUCUGAAGGAGAGUCCAAAGUUCAGUUGGAUAUUGGACCAAACACAUAAUAAAUUAUGAGCACGGGUUAACUACAAAUUAACAAGACUAGAGCAAAUCAACUAAAGAAUUCAGCAAAUUUAUUGUCAAGGACAAAUCAGUACAGAAAGAGGACGAGAUGGAGAAAGAAAGGGAGGAGACGAAGUCUAUGAACAACACGGAUGUCGAUGCUGAUAUGGAUGUGAAGCCAGAGCAAGUGCCACGCCUUGGCCUGCGUCACCUGCAGGCGUUGCUGCUUUUUCUGGGCCUGGUCGUAACCACGAUACUGCAAUUCAAUGUGGGCGUGGCUGUGGUUGCCAUGACAAAUGCCACAUCCUCUGAUCCUGAGAUACCCCACUACAACUGGACGGAACCACAGAAAUCGUACAUCCUCUCGAGCUUCUAUUGGGGUUCCGCAUUGACGCAAUUUCCCGGCGGUUACCUCUGCAAGCGAUUCGGGGCCAAGCUCGUGCUCUUCUGGGGCGUCAUCGGCUCGGCACUGCUGACCUUGUGGACACCCCAAAGCAUUUACGUGGCCAGCUGGCGAGCAUAUUGUGGCAUCCGGUUUGUGCAGGGUCUGUGCCAGGGCGUCACAUGGCCCUGCAUCCAUCAGCAUCUGGCCAAUUGGGCACCGGCCGUGGAGCGAACACGUCUUGGGGCCUUUGCCUACACCGGCUUCGAUUGGGGCAAUGUGAUGGCCAUGUACGGAGCGGGGAUGUUGGCCAGCUCCGGCUGGGGUUGGCCAGGGAUCAGUUACGUAUCCGGUGGCAUGGCAUUGACCUGGUGUCUGCUCUGGCUGAUCUUUGGCGCCAAUCGAGCGAACGAGGCGCCGUGCAUAGGCGAGGCGGAGAAGCUCUACAUCAUCGGGGACAAUCAACGAUGUGCUCGGCGAGAACGUCGCCUGGCAAUUCCAUGGCGAGGCAUCUUCACAUCGCCGCCCUUCUAUGCGCUGCUCUGUGCCCGCUGUGCGGACACUUGGGGCUUGGCCACCAUGCAGACGGAGUUGCCGGCUUAUUUGAGCGGGGUUCUGGGACUGGAGAUGCAGAAGAAUGCUUUGUUCUCGGCGCUGCCUUUUCUGCUGAUGUGGGGCAUGUGUUAUGUGUAUCUGUUGAUUGCGGACUUGUUGCUGCGACGCCGUUGCCUCAGCCUGACAGCGCUCCGCAAGACGUACAACAGCAUUGCACUCUGGACACCGGCAGCCAUCAUGUUGGCCUUGGGCUUUGUGGACAAGACACAAAAGCCUCUGGCUUUGGCCCUGGUCACUCUCAGUGUGGGCGUCAGCAGUGCGGCGACAAUUGGCAGCGAACUGAACACAAUUGAUCUAUCGCCGGUGCAUGCGAGCAUUCUCUCGGGGAUUCUGUGCACCUUCACCAAUGUGGUGGCCAUGCUGACGCCGCUGGUGGUCGGCGUUUUGGUCACAGAUCAAACGGAGCGCAGCGAGUGGCAAGUUGUGUUCACCAUUGUGGCCACUGUGCUCUUUGGUGGCAAUGUGGUCUAUCUCAUUUGGGGCACGGCGGAGACGCAGCCAUGGAAUGACAGCGAAUCGAGGCGGGAAUCGUUGGACUUUGAGGAUGCCAAACUAGAGAUUGAUGGCCAUGCGAAUGCCAAUACGAAUGCAAAUAAAAUACUUAAUUAAAUUUGUAUAUGUGUGUUCGAUUUAACUUAAUAUACAUUAGUUUAUAAUGUGAGUUAGGUCAGAUUUAUCAUAUAGUUAACGCUGCGAAGAACUGAAUGCCAAAUAACAACUUAUUCAACUUUUUUGAUUGCAUUUUUUGCAAUUCUUUUUUUACUUCUCUAACACCUUUUGUUGCUCAAGUUAUG